CCACGACCCUUCCGGCAGGAUUUCGCGCUGGGGCUCUCGGUGCUGCUGCGGGGGACGGAGCAGCAGAAGCUGAGGUGGACGUUUGACCUCUACGAUGUGAAUAAGGACGGCUACAUCAGCAAGGAGGACAUGCUGGAGAUCAUGAAAUCCAUCUAUGCCAUGAUGGGCCGCUGCACCGAGCCCGCCCUGGGGGCCAGCGCCCCGGCCCAGCACGUGGAGCUGUUCUUCCAGAAGAUGGACAGGAACAGGGACGGCGUGGUGACCUUCGAGGAGUUCCUGGCCACUUGCCAGGAGGACAAGGACAUCAUGAGCUCCAUGCAGAUAUUCCACAACGUGCUCUAGACCCCAGCCCGCCCCGGAGAUUUUCUACUGUUUCAGGCAAACAAGAAGUUCAAAGUCAGGAGAAAUCCAGCAUGUGGCUCCCUGAGAUGGGACAGGACAAAGACAACGCUGCCACCAGAGCCAGCCCAGCACGGUGCUGCCAGACAGAGCCAUUUUGGGGGACUGAGCCUCCCCUCGACACGGACCCCCCCGUGGCAGUGCAGGGACCUGACCCAGCACAAACCCGACCC